AUGUGUGGCACGGAGUGCGGUGAAGAGACCUCAGACUGGGUUCUGAAAUACGUUACCAAAUUCGCAACUGCCAUUGACCCUCGUUGCAAAUUGGCCAGCCAGUUGCCAAUCGGCAAGGUGAUCGGAGUCGGAUGUUCGGCUGACGAGGAGGCGAUUAUCGAUCAUUGUGCUGCUCCGCUGAAUGACAUCGGAAGCCGGCUUGAAGAGCUCUUCCAAGGUGGCCUACAGGCGAUGAUCAAGAACGUGAACAGCUUGGCACCGGUCUUUGCGGGUGGCUGCAAUCUUACAGAUGAGAUUUCGGAAUGUGCAUCGUUCCUGUUACUGGACGGACGACCAUGUGUUGUGUCUUCCUGUCUGAUCCGUGCUGGCGAAGGAAUCUGCGAUCAGCCGGAUCCCACAAAAGCCAUCGAUGACAAUCUCAGUUGCGUGUUCGCACAGGUACAAGAACCAUCAUUCGCGAAGUGUGUACGAUCUACGCUGUCUACAGUGAAACAAUUCACCCUGAGUUCCUUCCGUAAUAUCCUACCGAAAUUCGUCGACUGCACUGAGGAGAUCGUUCGUGCCAAAUGCGGAGAAACGCCCAUAAAUGUACUUCGCGCCAUGUCUUCACCCGACAUCUGCCCAGUUGGCCCAGCGCCAAUUGUUCCCGUCAAUAAGGGCCAUGUGCCGCAACGAGUGGAGCCACAGCUUCCCACAUGCACCCCAGAAAAGCAACAAGCGUACGAUCAGUGCACUGAGCCGUUCUUCAGUUACCGUAUGCUUCCAAUAACGCUGAUCAACGAGAUGGAGAAAAUGGACCAGGUUUGCGCCGAUGUGUCAAUCAUGGACGGCUGCUCGAUCGCAACGAGGGUUUGCGGCUCUGCCGAACAGAUGGCGCUAAAAAAGAUGAUCGAACAGCUCUGCGCCAGCCCGAGAAGCCUACGACCACUACAAGAUUUGCUUGAAGGAGCUUCGUGCAUGUCAGAAUUCAUGUCAUCAACACCUGGAACCCGAUGCUCUGCCAUUCAGAACGCCGCUACAUGCAUGGCCAAGCAGGUACGAGAUACAUGCGGUGAUGAUGCGCUGACGUAUUCGUUUGCUGCGAUGAAUGACUACGCACGAAUGAUGGACAGCCGAUGCAGG